CGGGAGGGAGUGGUCAGUAGGCCUUUUCCGCUUGUCGCCCCCCUCUAGCCCACAGUCUCGCUGCCCUGAGCCUCCCGUGCCGGCCGGCCGGCGGGGUGGACAGGCGGGCGCGCGGGGGGCGCGCGGGGGGCGGGGGGAGUUCCGGUUCCGGUUCUUUGUGCAGCUGCAGCAGCGGCUCCGGGGAAGAUGGCGGCCCGGGCGGGUUUCCAGUCUGUGGCUCCGAGCGGCGGCGCUGGAGCCUCAGGGGGGGCGGGCGCGGCGGCUGCCCUGGGCCCGGGCGGGACUCCGGGGCCUCCCGUGCGAAUGGGCCCGGCGCCGGGUCAAGGGCUGUACCGCUCCCCGAUGCCCGGAGCGGCCUAUCCGAGACCAGGUAUGCUGCCAGGCAGCCGAAUGACACCUCAGGGACCUUCCAUGGGACCCCCUGGCUAUGGGGGGAAUCCUUCAGUCCGACCUGGCCUGGCCCAGUCAGGGAUGGACCAGUCCCGCAAGAGACCUGCGCCUCAGCAGAUACAGCAGGUCCAGCAGCAGGCGGUCCAAAAUCGAAACCACAAUGCAAAGAAAAAGAAGAUGGCUGACAAAAUUCUACCUCAAAGGAUUCGUGAACUGGUACCAGAAUCCCAGGCCUAUAUGGAUCUCUUGGCUUUUGAAAGGAAGCUGGACCAGACUAUCAUGAGGAAACGGCUAGAUAUCCAGGAGGCCUUGAAACGUCCCAUCAAGCAAAAACGGAAGCUGCGAAUUUUCAUUUCUAACACUUUCAAUCCGGCUAAGUCAGAUGCCGAGGAUGGGGAAGGGACGGUGGCUUCCUGGGAGCUUCGGGUAGAAGGACGGCUCCUGGAGGAUUCAGCCUUGUCCAAAUAUGAUGCCACCAAACAAAAGAGGAAAUUCUCUUCUUUUUUUAAGUCCUUGGUGAUCGAACUGGACAAAGACCUGUAUGGGCCAGACAACCAUCUGGUAGAAUGGCACAGGACCGCCACUACCCAGGAGACGGAUGGCUUCCAGGUGAAGCGGCCAGGAGAUGUGAAUGUACGGUGUACUGUCCUACUGAUGCUGGACUACCAGCCUCCCCAGUUUAAAUUAGACCCUCGCCUGGCUCGGCUCCUGGGCAUCCACACCCAGACCCGUCCAGUGAUCAUCCAAGCACUGUGGCAAUAUAUUAAGACACACAAGCUCCAGGACCCUCAUGAGCGGGAGUUUGUCAUCUGUGACAAGUACCUCCAGCAGAUCUUUGAGUCUCAACGUAUGAAGUUCUCAGAGAUCCCUCAACGGCUCCAUGCCUUGCUUAUGCCACCAGAGCCCAUCAUCAUUAAUCAUGUCAUCAGUGUUGACCCGAAUGAUCAGAAAAAGACCGCCUGUUAUGACAUUGAUGUGGAAGUGGAUGAUACUUUGAAGACCCAGAUGAAUUCUUUUCUACUGUCUACUGCCAGCCAGCAGGAGAUUGCUACUCUAGACAACAAGAUCCAUGAGACAAUAGAAACUAUCAAUCAGCUGAAGACCCAGCGGGAGUUCAUGCUGAGCUUUGCCAGAGACCCUCAGGGUUUCAUCAAUGAUUGGCUUCAGUCCCAAUGCCGGGACCUCAAGACCAUGACUGAUGUGGUGGGGAACCCAGAGGAAGAGCGCCGAGCUGAGUUUUACUUCCAGCCUUGGGCCCAGGAGGCUGUGUGCCGAUACUUCUACUCCAAGGUGCAGCAGAGACGACAAGAAUUAGAGCAAGCCCUGGGAAUUCGAAAUACAUAGGGCCUCCCUCACAGCCCUGAUUCGGCUGCACCGAUUCUUAUUUGGGCCCUGUGCUGCCUGCCUCAUAGCACCUGCCUUGGUCUUGCUUGGGGCCUUCCAGGGGAUGCUGUUGGUUCAAGGACAACACCAGAAUGAAGAGGGUCUCACAUUUCUGUCUCAUAAGACGCCUGUUACCCUCUUCUCCCACCCCAUCCCUUCCUGUCCCCCAGCUUCCCUUUGCCCCACAAAGUUCCCAUGUGCCUCUACCCUCCCCUGGUCUACAUAGGACCUCUAGAUAGUAUUAGAGAGAACCUGUAGUGGUAAUCAGUGCAUUGAAUGGAUUGGGCCUAAGGCCAGGUGGUCUUCAAGGGGACCGGCUACACUGACCCUGCCCUUCAGAGACCCAGGAGUUGGGAGCUUUAGCCCCUUCUCUGAGACUCAGGCCUGGGGGCACUCUAUAAGCUAGUUGAUCUUGGCUCUCCUGAUAACAGAAUCCAAUUUCCUUCCUUCCCUCCACAGGUUUGGAGCACACCCCUCCUUCACUUGUUGCCCUCUAGCACUAAAGGAACCCUGGUUCUUGGGCUCCACUGAGCCCCAGGUCAGUCCGCAGCCCUCUGGAUUGGCCUGCUGUCUCAGUGCUUCUCUUACUCCCUCGUAGGGGGUCCACAUCAGUAUUGGAGUUUGUUUUUUUAACUGUUGCUCCCUCCCAGCACACUCCCUAUAGCUGCUCUUUGUAGGAUUCCUCUGCUAUCCAUCUGUCCUAAUUCAGGGCAUUUGGGUGGGGGGGAAUCUUGCCUUUCCAUGUCAGAGCCCCAGGGAUCUAACCUGGGGUACUAUCAUUGCCAGCAGAGGCUGUUCCUGCUGUUGCUUGGAGGUGUGACUCAUUUAUUCACUCCACCCUGCCUCCCUCAUCCUUUCAUGGAGAAACAGGCCUGAAAUCAAACGGGUAAAAGCCCUGGGCCAUCCCUGUCUUCCUGUCCCUUGUUUGCCCAGUUGACACUCACUGGUGACUUCUAGGGCACUGAGGAGUGAAAGCGCCUAGGGCUAGCGAAUAGCUCUGAGUUGGGUUUGUGACUCUUCCCUCUCCCUGCCUCACAGGAUUGUGACUCCCCAGCCCCUGCCCCCAAAGCUUCAGACCCCUCAGGUAGCAGCAGGACCUUGUGAUCUUGGCCCCUUGGAACUGAGAUGGUUUUGCAUCUUUCCAGGAGAGCCUCAGAUUCUUCUUCCAGGUUGUAUCACCCCGAGUUAGCAUAUCCCAGGCUCGCAGACUCAACAUAGCAGGGUGGGAGACAGCUGGGCACAGAGGGGGAAUUCCGUUCAGCCUGGGCUCUAACCCCACAGAACUGACAAAGCCCCUGCUUCCCCACCCCCUCCUCAGGCUCCUGCGAGCACAUCCUCCAGCCCCAUAUCCCUGCGUGUUCCACACUGGGGACAGCAGAAUUUUCUCCCCAUCUUCCCCUUCCUGCCAUUAUCCCACCCCUCCCUUAAAAGGUUCUCCCCACAGAGACACUGGACAACCUCUGUCCUUGGGGCUGGAACCAUGAGAAGGAAGCUCAGCACUCCUACAUAGUGUCCCUGUUGAAGAUAACUGUUUUUAUUAACUGAAUUAUGUUUUUUUCAUGGACCAAAAUUUUUUUUGUACUGUCCCCUUAUCGAUGUCACCCAGUUUUAAUAAAAGAAUCUUCUGAAGAAUGGGUCCCCCUACCUGCUGAGGGAGAGCAAUUCCCUGAGCUCUUUCUCUGAAUCCCAUUAGCCAUGCUCAUGGUGUUUAUUGGUUUUAUUUGACAAUUAUGUAUUGAGCACCUGCUGUGUGCCAGCUGUGGUGCUAGGCACUAGGAAUACGGUGGAAAACAAGUUUCUACCCUGCGGACAUCAGGUUCUCACCUUAGAGCUUGCUCUGUCGGCCCAGUGGUCCAAGCAGGCCAGGUGCUGGUUGGGAUUAUUGACCUUCCUCACUGGAUCUAAGAGUCCCGCCCCCGGCUCUUGUUCGGGAGGUAUUAACAAGACCACGGCACUGCCAUCCCCCCUAACCUUCUGAGCUCCCCACAGCACCUGUUGGCUCAAGAGCACUGCCCUUGAGUGCCUGUGAUUCCUUAGGCUUGACGAUCCUGACCCACCUGUAGAGGAGUUCCUCUUCUCAGGGCUCCUACCUAGGUAGGGCCUACACAAGUGAAGACUGUGUUCCUCUGCCUGCUGUCCCUCUAAGGUUCCACUUCAUGGUCCUGAGUGAGAUUUCAGUUCUUCAGACCAGCAGAGAAGUGUUGUGUUGUCCUCUCCAUACUACAAAUAAUCAGCCCCUCUGCAGAGUUGAGAAGACUGCUCAGGAUUGAUCUGUCCGCAGAAGCAUGAAAUUCUGCAGUUCGCAUCAUAAUGUGCCAGCUUCCCACCUGGUGGCGUUGUCCAGCUUGGUUCUACCCAUGAAGGGGUUUAGAAUGUAGGAUGAGUGCAAUGCAGUCCAAAGUUGUAAAAAAAUUCUCCUUCUCCUCCACGGAUGGGAACACCCAAGUAUUGCCUGCAUGCAGUCAAACCCACCAAGGAUGCAGCCUGUUCCCAAUUUGGAACUUGGGGGUUUACCAGACUUGAGUAGGAAAAACAGAAGAACGUGUGGGGUGAGAACUUGGGAGUGGAAAAAAUUGAUGUCAAGGACAUUGACAUGGCAUCUGUUUUUAUCCAGGCUAAUUACAUGUGUAAUGAAUGGC